AUGAAACGUCGUUAUCGAAAAAUAUUUAUCGAAAGUUUGCUCUCAUCUGAUGAAUCAACAUGUGUAAAACAGUUUUGGAGGUCUUACAGUAUUAAAGAUGCCAUUUUCAAUGCUGCCAGUGCAUGGAGUGAUUUGUCCGUGUCAAAUUUCGUGAACGGCUGGAAUAAACUUUGGCCUCAACCUAGAGGUGAAGAAUCGGAGGAACCUGAGUGUGUGACAGUUGACAAGAUGGUCAAUUUGUGCAAUAAUUUACAAAUCAGCACAAAUUUGACGUCAGAAGAAGUAUCAGAGUGGUUAGAGUGUGUCAAAGUGGACGGGGGUUUUCAAAUUUUGAGUGAUGACGAAAUUGUUGCCAGGGUAAGUGCCACCAAAGAAGAAGAAGAAGAAGGGGCUGAUGAAGACAAGUGUUCAAACGAUGAAGAAAAACGAACUAUUAGCCUUUCAGAGGCCGAGAAAAUGAUGUCCAAGUGUAUAGAGUGGUUUGAAAGUCAAGAAGAGGCUAAUGCAACGCAGGCAGUACUGCUCCGAAAAAUACGAAAUAUUGCCGCGGUGAAAGCUCGAACACCAAAAAGGCAGCAGAAGUUGACUGACUAUUUCCAAGCUAGACAAACUAUUUCACCUGUAAGUUUAUAG